GACACUCGCAGCCUCUCCCCGAGGCCGGGGGCGGCGGGCGGGUCGCGGGGCGGUGCGGGAGGAGUGGCCGGGAGGGGCCGUGGGGCGCCGUGGUGCCGGGCCGCCCCGAGCUCUGCCUUCCUCCUCCUCCUUCUCCUCCUCCUCCUCCCUCUUCCCUCCUCCUCCUGCCGCUCCUCCCGCCGCCCGGCCCGGCCCGGCUCCGCUCGCCAUGGGAGAUGUGGUCUCCACGCACCUGGACGAGGGUCGCCGCCAGCACAUCGCGGAGAGGACGGGGCAGGUGCUGGGCGAGUUCUGCCGCUGCUACAAGGAGCAGUUUGGGGUCGCUCUCUUCAACAGCGUCCGCUAUGAGAUCGAGGGCACGGGGGGCCCGCAGGCCCAGCUGCUGCACCGCAAGGUUCCACUGGAGGACCACGUCAUCUACUCAGGCAACAUCUUCCAGUACAUCGAGGAGAACAAGAAGUGGAGGAACCGCUUCUGCGUGGUGCCCCACAACUACGGGCUGGUCCUCUACGAGAACAAACUGGCCUAUGAGCGGGAGCAGCCGCCCCGGGUGUUGGUCAACAGUGCUGGCUACAAGGUCCUCACCUCCGUGGAGCAGUACCUGGAGCUGGUCAACAACAGCCUGCCUGGUGUGACACCGAAAUCUGGGCACUCUCCCAUCCUGAAGUGCCCCACGGAUUUCCCCCUGGUGCUGUGGCACCCCUAUGCCCGGCACUACUAUUUCUGUGUGAUGACGGGCAAGGAGCAGGAGAAGUGGCGGGCGGUGUUCCAGGACUGCGUGCGGCACUGCAACAACGGGAUCUCGGAGGACUCCAAAGUGGAGGCUCCCGCCUUCACGGACGCCAUCCGCAUGUACCGGCAGUCCAAGGAGCAGUACGGCACCUGGGACAUGCUCUGCGGGAACGAGACCCAGGUCCUGAGCAACCUGGUGAUGGAGGAGCUGCUCCCCGAGCUGAGGAGCGCCAUCGGCCCCCGGCUGAAGGGCAAAGCCCCGGAGCGCCAGCGGACCUGGAUCCAGGUGUCAGAUGCUGUCUAUAGGAUGGUCUAUGAGCUGGCCAAGGCGCAGUACGACACAGCCGUGGCCAGGUGUGAGCAGGAGCGGCCGCAGCUGGAGAGCACCAUCCGCACGGACAUGGACCAGAUCAUCACCUCCAAGGAGCACCUGGCCAGCAAGAUCCGAGCCUUUGUCCUGCCCAAGGCAGAGGUCUGUGUCCGUAACCACGUCCAGCCCUACAUCUCCUCCAUCCUGGAGGCCCUGAUGACCCCCACGAGCCAGGGCUUUGCCGAGGCACGGGAGGUGUUCUUCAAGGAGGUGACCGACAUGAACAUGAACGUUGUCAACGAGGGCGGCCUGGAGAAGCUGGUGGAGUACAUGGAGAAGCUCUCCCACCUGGCCUUCCACCCUGUGAAGAUGCAGUCAUGCUAUGAGAAGAUGGACCAGCUGAAACUGGAGGGUCUUCAGCAGCGAUUCGAUGUCUCCAGCACAUCUGUCUUCAAGCAGAGGGCCCAGAUCCACAUGAGACAGCAAAUGGACGAUGCUGUGUACACCUUCGAGACCCUGCUGCACCAGGAGCUGAGCAAGCUGCAGGGCAAGGACGACCUGUGCAAGUCCAUCCAGCGCAUCCUCGAGAGGGUGCUCAAGAAAUUUGACUAUGACAGCAGCACUGUGAGGAAGAAGUUCUUCAGGGAGGCCCUGCUGCAGAUCACCAUCCCCUUCCUGCUGAAAAAGCUGGCACCCACCUGCAAGGGGGAAUUAGCCAAGUUUCAGGAGCUGAUCUUCGAGGACUUCGCCAGCUUCAUCCUGGUGGAGAACACCUACGAGGAGGUGGUGCUGCAGUCGGUGAUGAAAGACAUCAUGCAAGCUGUGAAGGAGGCGGCCGUGCAGCGGAAGCACAACCUGUACAGGGACAGCAUGGUGAUGCACAACAGCGAUCCCAACCUGCACCUGCUGGGAGAGGGCCUGCCCAUCGACUGGAGCGAGGAGUACAGCGGGCAGCCCGAGCCCGAGGCGGCGGCCGAGCGGCGCCGCAGGGCCAAGCAGGUGGUGUCGGUCAUCCAGGACGACGAGGGGGCCCUGCCCUAUGGGGCCGAGGUGCUGCUGCAGCCCGGCUCCCCCGAGCCACGGCAGCCAGAGGAGGCACAUCCCGGGGUGCCCCCGAGCCCCCCGGAUGCGGUGCAGGAGAUCCGGGAGGCGCUGGCACAGGAGAGCCUGGGGGAUGGAGCCGGGGCGGAGGAGCGGCUGAUGAACGGCACCGAGGGCAGCGGUGCCAGCGAGGAGAGCGUGCUGCUGGCAGGGGCUGUCCCAGGGGCUGCCACACAGCAGGGUCCAGCCCGUGAUGGCGACGGGGUGCGCUGUGCCACAGCGGCAUCACCAGCACCCGGAGCUGAGAUCCCAUCAGGGACGGGCAGAGAACGUGUCACACCAGCAUCGUCACCUGUUCCUGGAGCUGAGGUGUCAUCAGGGGGGCAGCGUGCCACACCAGCAUCGUCACCUGUCUCUGGAGCUGAGGUCCCAUCAGGAGCUGGGAGAGAACGUGUCACAGCAGCAUCCUCACCUGUCCCUGGAGCUGAGAUCCCAUCAGGGACGGAGAGAGAACGUGUCACACCAGUAUCGUCACCUGUCCCUGGAGCCGAGGUCCCGUCAGGAGGUGGGACACGCCGGGCUGCACCAGCACCCCCUGUGCCCGGAGCUGAGGUGUCAUCAGGGGGGCAGUGUGCCAGAGCAGCACUGUCACCUGUCCCUGGAGCUGAGGUCCCAUCUGGGACUGGGAGACAACGUCCUGCACCAGCAUCACCUGUGCCCAGAGCUGAUGUCCCUUCAGAGGCUGAGGUGCCCCAUGCCACACCAAGAUCAUCCGUGCCAGCUUCCCCCGUGUCUGGAGCUGAUGUCCCAUCAGGGGCUGAGGUGCCACACGUCACACCAAGGUCAUCCGUGCCAGCGUCCCCCGUGCCUAGGGCUGACCCAUCAGUGCCCAGCGUGCCACACGGCACAGCAGCCCCGGCCAGCCCCCAAGCCGAUGUCCCAGCAGAGGCCGAGGUGCCCCGUGUCACAGCAGCACCACCCGGAGGCCAGAGCCCAUCACCAGCGUGUCACCAGCACGGUGACAAGGAGACAGGCGAGCACGGGGACAGCCCCCCGCAGCCCAGGGGCACCACAGAGAGCGGUGAGGGGGUGCAGACUGAGUUCUAGCCCCAGCCCCUGCCAUGGACUGGCCCUGGGGGAGGGGGAUAGGACCCCCGGGAUGGAGAGCAGCACUGCGGGAGAGGGAGGGGAUGGGGACACCGAGACCUUACUGCCUGAGGGGGUCCCGCUGCCCUGGGGGGCUGCCCACAGCCACAGCCCCACUGGGUCUGACUGGGGCAGCCCCAGCCUGGCAUGGGGCAUCCCCUGCGCUCUGCUCUGUCCUUCUUCUGCCUUAUUUUCUUUCCUACUGAGGAGAUGCUUUACUAAAGAGCUUUAUUUGCCCCCCACACCAGUGCCUGGGGCUGCUGGGGGGGCUGGCACUAGCCCUGCUGAGGGUGGCUGUGUGGGACACUCCUGGCUGUCCCCGGGGUUGUCCUUGCCCUGAUCUUUCCUGGAAGCCUGCCCACUGCCACCCAUCUGGGGUGCUCCUGGGACCCUGCCCACUGCCACCCACCUGGCCAGCUUCAGGAGUGCCAGUGGGAAUGGGGGCUGCAAACAGGGACAUGACAGGGACAGCAAUGCUGGGGGGGCGGGGGGGGUGUUGAGCCACUGCUGAAGGGGAGAGCACUGGGGCAGGCGUGGGUUGCUGGUGCCCAGACUGGGCUCACAGCAUCCAGGCUGGGCUCACAGCACCCAGCUAGAGCUCACAGCACCCAGACUGGGCUCACAGCAUCCAGCUAGAGCUCACAGCACCCAGACUGGGCUCACAGCACCCAGCUAGAGCUCACAGCAUCCAGACUGCGCUCAGAGCACCCAGACUGGGCUCACAGCACCCAGCUAGAGCUCAUAGCACCCAGACUGGGCUCACAACACCCAGACUGGGCUCACAGCAUCCAGGCUGGGCUCCUGGUAACCUGGUACCCAGGUUGGGCUCAGAGCACCCAGUGCCCUCCCCCCAGCCACCCUCACCCCUAGGAGCUAUUCUAGGAGCUAUUUUAAGUUCAGAGUUCAGUCUCUGGGGGAAGGUUGCACUCAUGCCGUGUCCCAGCUGUGCCUGGCAGGACUGGGAUAAUUCCAGGCUCAGCUUGCUGUACAGUGGAGAGAUCCCAGUCCUUGCCCUCCAGAUCCCCUCAGCACCUUCCAUGGAUGGUUUCUCCAAAUUUGCAGAUUUUGGCAUCUGCUGUGAUGGCUGAGCAAAGAGCAGGGGUUUCCUGACCCCCCCCCACCCGCCAUGUGUCAUGGGGACAGGAGUGCUGCAGCCCCCACACAGUGAUGCCCUAAGCCCUGGAGGUGCUGGGGGUCUGCAGGACCCCUGGGUGUGACACCUGGAGCAGGUACCAGCACCCCAACACCCACCUGUGCCUAGCUGCCUCAGAAGGGGGGUGCCCAGCCUAACCCACUCAGGGGGGCCCCCAAAGUGCCUUGGGAGGCCCCUCUCAAAGUGCCUUUCUCUGUGAACUUCAAACCUGUCUCUUCCAGGAUAUUUUAUUAAGAAAGUUAUACAAAUGUUUAAAGAUAUGCUUAUAAUAAUUAAUAAAAUGGAAAAGCUUUAUUUAAAGCCA